CACCACUGUGGAUCAGGCCAUGCAGCCGCCGACGCCGCCAACGCUGUGCAGCGCAACGCUGCAACAACGUCUGGCCAUGGCCUAUCCAGAGUUGAUGCCACAACAGCAACAACAACAACAGCAAGAUGUGCGCAAAAUUAACAACCUCACCCAUACAGGUCGCAGCGCCGCCGUCGCCGUGAGCACUCCAUUAACAUUGCAAGCACCGAACACAAAAGCGACGACGACCGCGCUGACAGCGCGCAGCUCGAAAAUGUCCCGCGGGGAAUACCAGGCAUUGUCAUUGUCACUGGAGGACAACAAUGCCGAGCAGGACGUGGAGGAUGCGACGAUUUUUGAGCGGCACGCUGACAACGACGACGAAGACGAUAAUCAAAUGAAACGAAAUGAUGUGCAUUAUUUGUUGAAACAGUUAAAUAGUUUUAGUGAUAUAGAAGAAAUAGAAAUUGUUGAUAUGAAGCAAAGACAGCAGCGACAUCGCGACAGCGACACCAAAACGAUAAAACGCACAAUGAAGGCGGCAACAGUUGCAGCAACAGCAGCAGCAGCUGCGGCAGUGGCAGUGGCAGUGGCAGCUCCACAGCAGCCACCACCACAUCAUGCCCAUGCCCAUGGCCAUGGCCAUAGCCAUGUCCAUGCACACAGUCAUUCGCCGACGACCAGUUCGCUGGUUCUGUUGGCUGGCGGGGGCUCACCCACAUCCACACAUUCGCACAAGGGUGGAGGUGGCUGUUUGCGCCGCUAUGCUUCGCUGCACCAACAGCAGCAGCAUCAGCAUUUGCAACAACAGCUGUUGCAUGCAACAGACUCAAGUGCCGCCAGCUCAGCGCGACUGCAGUUCGAUGAUUAUAUAUUUGAAUCCUGCCAUUAUUUGGAGACAAACUAUUUUGCCGCUACCUAUCGCACUGCCAUGGUCGAGAGCUGCUCGCAUGAGUUCCGGCCCUCGACCACAACGCCAACAACAACGACAACGCGCUCGGACACCUUCGAGCUGCACGAGGUCGAGCCGCCGAGCGUUAUCUGCAAGGCGGGCGCCCCAGGCCCGAUCCCGACCCCAACCCCGACCCAUAGAAUAAAGUCGCCACCGCCCCAAUACUUUCAAAUGCAAACACGCAUGACCAGCAGCGGGGUACAGACUGAGCUGACGGCCGAGUCGUUGGCCCAAUUGAGUCACAGCCAGAGUAGCAGCAGCAGCAGUGGAGGCGGUGCCACGCGUGCCCCGCCCUUCUUCAGAUGCUGCUACACGCCCAUUGAUCGCUGGCGUGAACGGCGACUGGUUGCCAAAAAGCAACAGCGUUCCGAGGCGCCAACGUCCAGUUCGACACAAAAUCCUCAGCCUCCUCAGCAUCAGCAGCAACCACAACAGCCACAUAAAAAUGGUGGCCAUGCUGUCUGACACUGGGCGGAUGGCUGGCUGGCUGGCUGAAGGGCAGGGGGUCGAAAAGGUCGGUAGCUGCAACUGAUUACCAUAAUGAAACAAACAAAAAAAAUAUAAUACUAUGUAAUGUUAUAGAAGUUAAUGAUGUGCCUGUUUUUUGGUCGCUGUUUCAUUUGCGAUAUCAACAAAGUAUUCCAUUUCGCAACAGACAUAUAAAAACAAAAACAAAAUUCACUUUAUUCAUAACAACAAUUUAUUAAUUUACAUAGGCCGUGUGAAGAGAAAGCAAAACCUAAUAAAUGAUUAAUAUUAAAUAAUGAAAACAAAUAUUGUACAAUUUAUAUGCUGGCAAGUUAGUAACAAUUUUUUAUACACUCAACAAAGUAUAACUAUUAAAGCAGAAAGCAAAUCAAGACGGGCUUACACACACACACAGACACACCUAUCCACAACCACACUCAUUCAUUUACACACACACACACACAGGCAGACAAACAUUUAACACUCAUAGCCUAACCCGUGCAAAGUAAAUCAUUUGCAAUUUGUAUAAUAAAUAAUAACUAACUACAAAAAAAAAAACAAACAAAUCAAACAAAACACAGCAACACGAAAACAAAUCAAUUUAAUAAUACAAAUAACUAUGGAGUGCGAAAGCAACGCAUUGAAUAAAAUUUGUAUGCCGCGCAAUAUGUUUAAAUAAUAAGCAUCAAGUAUAAUAAUAACAAUAAUAGUUAUGCAACAAAGAAAAAUGUUAAUGUUAAAAAUACUGCGAGGGGAGAAAUUCAAAAAAUACGAAAACAAUUCUUAGUGAGAACGAGAGAGAGCUUGUAUAGUAAGUUUAACGUUAUGAAUUAAACAAAUAAAUAAAAAUGCAUAAAAAACCAAUUGAAUUAACGAACAAAGCAUACGAAACCAGCCGAGGAAAUCAGCAAACAAAUCGAGACAUUUCCGCAUAAAAACCCAGCAUUUAUUUAAAGUUGAACACAAAAUAUUCGAAAUAAAUGGACAAACAUUUAGAAAAUUCGGUGAGAUAGUUCCAGCACCAAAACUUUACUAUUAAAAACCUUUUUGUUGAGUUACAAGCAGCAGUUUUAAAGAAAUCCGUGAAAUUUGAAAUACAAAUCAAACAAUAUUUUCCACAUCAGUUUUAAGUUUUCAAAAGUUCAAUCAAAGCCAAAAUUCGGAACUAUUAGAACAUGUUUUAAAAUUACAAAUCACGAUAAAUAUUUAUAUCUAAAUGUGAAUCAACAAUAGUUUCGAUGCAAUUCGAUUGGAUGUCCUGCCUAUAAAAAAAUAAAACUGUUUCAAAUCAUACAAAUCUUUAAGCAGUAGUCUCUUGAAAAGCUCCCAAAAAAAAAUCCUCACAGUUCAUAUGGUCGUAUGCUUUUGUAAAAAUAAUAUUAACUAAUAAUUAAUAGCAACAACAACAAAAAAGAGCAACAAUGUCAAGUUACGCAUAAAUUUUAAAGCAAGGCAAAUAGUAGUUAAAGCAAUUGUUAUACAUUUAAACCGCAAAUAAUGAUUUUUGUUACAAUAUGCUUCAAAUAUCUAAGUUGAAGUUUUUCUCCUUUUUGUAUAAAGUAUUUUAACAGCUACUUAUAGCUAAUAUGAAUGGUUUUACUCUGCAAUUUUGUUACAUGUAUAAUAAAGUUUUAAUUUGUUGUUUA